UUAAGGAUUACACCCUUCAAGAAUAACAAAAAUAUUUGAAAAUGGAACAGCCAUAUAUACUGUCUGACGAAGAGGAGCCAGAACCCCAGAGGAGUGUAAAAGAUACUAAACAAGUGGAAGAUGAAGACGCCGAAUUGAUUUUUGUUGGGGUGGAACAUGUAAAUGAAGAUGCUGAACUGAUCUUUGUUGGCAUGACUUCACAUUCAAAACCGGUUGUUUCUACCAUUUUGAAUAGAGUCACCCCAGGUUCAUAUUUAAGGAGAAAAAAAUAUGGCCACCGCAGAAGAGAUACUACCCAUAAAUUGCACCCCAUAUGUCACUCCACUUCAGCAUCAGAAGCAGUAACUGUUUCGGCCCUUCCUGAAUCUGAAUUAAGAUCAACAGAUAGCCCUAUUAUUAUCGAGUCUUUGCCAAAGCCUGAUUAUGUAAAUAGUUCACCACAAGUUGUGCCUAAUAAUACUUUAGAGUUACGUUCUCCUCUGGUUACAUUCUCAAAUUCAUUGCCGCAUCCAGGAACAGCACUUUCUGUAGGAGAUAUGAAUGAAAGUUCUCUUGUGUCAAAGAGCCUUUCCAUCUCUGAAGCAAACUGUGAAAACUCCAAAAGACCUAAACUCAGUGCUGGAAACAUAGGGGCACAGUCUUCAGUUUUUUCCCCUUCAGGUAUCUUUCAUACAGCUACUCAACAAAGCAUACUCUCAAAUGAUGUUGAUACCUCAUUAAACCAAGUUCAGAAUGGAAUACCCUUUUCAAUUGCUUUGCCAAAGGAAAAUGUCUAUUUUAAGCCCAUAAGUACUGGUAGGGGAAAUGGACCAGCAAAAGCCGACUAUCUGAGUCUAGCAAGUCAAAAUAAAACUAUUGAUUCCAACAAAGGAAAUCUCAUUGUGUUACUCCGUGACUACUAUUAUGGACAGUAUAAAGAAAAUGAACAGCCAGAACAGAAGACUCACACAACCUUUAAAUGCCUCAGCUGCUUGAAAGUUCUAAAAAAUAUCAAGUUUAUGAAUCAUAUGAAGCAUCAUUUGGAACUUGAGAAGCAGAGGGGUGACAGCUGGGAAAAUCAUACCACGUGCCAACACUGCCACCGGCAGUUUCCCACUCCCUUCCAGUUGCAGUGUCACAUUGAAAGUGUACAUAUUUCCCAGGAGCCUUCUUCUGUGUGUAAAAUUUGUGAAUUGUCAUUCAAAACAGAUCAAAUUCUCUUAGAGCACAUGAAAGACAAUCAUAAACCUGGUGAAAUGCCAUAUGUGUGCCAGGUUUGCAAUUAUAGAUCAUCAUUCUUUGCUGAUGUAGAAACACAUUUCAGAACAUGUCAUGAAAACACUAAGAAUUUGCUUUGUCCAUUUUGUCUUAAGAUUUUCAAAACUGCAACACCAUACAUGUAUCAUUAUAGAGGACACUGGGAAAAGAAUGUUCACUCAUGUUCCAAAUGUCGUCUACAGUUUUUGACUUUCAAAGAGAAAAUGGAACACAAAACUCAUUAUCAUCAAAUGUUUAAGAAGCCUAAACAACUAGAAGGAUUGCCUCCUGAAACAAAAGUUGUUAUUCAGGUCUCACAAGGAUCUCUUCAAGCUCCAUCAGUAGAAGUAGCAUCCGUUACUGUAAGCACCUCUGAUUCUGAACCAUCACUGCCCAGACCUAAAAGUAAAAUUUCAAAAAAAAAAAAUUCUAGUUUCAGUAACUCUAAAGCAAAUAUUUCAUCCAUUUAA